AUGGUCACUGGCGAGCAUGUCCUGGUGUUAACUGGUGUUUUAGUGCUUGCAUUCCCGUUUUCCCUUAUCUAUCAUAAAACAAGUGGCAGCUUUUACAGGUGUAGGUCCACAGGCAGGACCUGGGCGGGGAACGGCUGGCAGGGUGCUAGCCCGAGCGACAAACAGGCGACACUGACUAUUGGUGGGUGUCUCCUUCAGGCCUUGAAGGAUGAGGAGGAUGCAGAGACAGGGUUGACUGAGACGGAGAAGAAAGAAGCUGAGCCCAAGGAGGACCAGAAACUGGGCAAAUUGCAAUACUCCCUGGAUUACAAUUUCACAGAGAACUCGCUCAUAGUGGGGAUCAUUCAGGCGGCAGAGUUGCCCGCUAUGGACAUGGGCGGCACUUCUGACCCAUACGUAAAGGUCUACCUGCUGCCUGAUAAGAAGAAGAAGUUUGAGACCAAGGUCCACAGAAAGACCCUCAAUCCUGUUUUUAAUGAACAGUUUACGUUCAAGGUGCCAUAUGUAGAGCUCGGUGGAAAGACGCUUGUAAUGACAGUGUAUGACUUCGAUCGCUUCUCCAAACACGACGCUAUCGGUGACAUCAAAGUGCCAAUGAACAAGGUGGACUUCAGCCACAUAACAGAAGAGUGGCGAGAUCUGCAGAGCGCUGAGAAGGAGGAGCAAGAAAAGUUGGGCGAUAUCUGCUUCUCUCUGCGUUAUGUCCCAACUGCUGGCAAGCUGACGGUGGUCAUCCUAGAGGCUAAGAAUCUGAAGAAGAUGGACGUGGGAGGUCUUUCAGAUCCAUACGUGAAGAUCCACCUGAUGCAAAAUGGCAAGAGGCUUAAGAAGAAGAAAACGACAAUCAAGAAGAACACCCUCAACCCUUACUACAAUGAGUCCUUUAGCUUUGAAGUCCCGUUUGAACAAAUUCAGAAAGUGCAGGUUGUUAUAACUGUUCUAGACUAUGACAAGAUCGGCAAGAAUGAUGCAAUUGGGAAGGUCUUUGUGGGCCUGAACAGCUCAGGGACAGAGCUGCGCCAUUGGUCCGACAUGCUGGCCAACCCGAGGAGACCCAUCGCCCAGUGGCACGUGCUCAAGCCAGAAGAGGAGGUGGACGCGCAGCUCUCCACCAAGAAAUAGACAGGGGCCCUUUCAGCACCUGCCUUGUAGUACUCUUUAGCCAGUAUGUGUAAAUACCUCAGUGAUAUAUAGGCCCAUUUAUGUAAUCUGCCCCUCUACCUACAUUCAAGCUUUAUUGCCCCUUAAUUCUAUCCACAAUAUGAUUUGUUCUAGUUCCCUGUGGCCUCCCAAAUCAAUUCUUGUUUUCUACAACAGUCAUUCCUUUAUGGGUUUUAUUCAGGUUUGUUUUGUUCCAUUGUCAUUACCCAGUUGGCCCUGACCAAAAGCCCCUUCUUUUAAGCAAUAUGAUCUGUAUAGAUAGCGCAUGACUGAAAGAAUUUAUUGUACCACAGUUGUAUAUAUAAGUAUGCAGACAAAAUGAUUUCUAGUUUAUGUGUUUGUAUGUUGUUACCCGUUUCCUAAUCUGUGUAUAUCUUGAUGUUUUUAAUAAGAUGUUCUAUUUUAAAUUAUGUAAAUGCAGAUAUAGAGGAAAGCCAAUAUUAUGUAUAUCCCAGGAUAUAAAGAUUCUACCUUAUUACCUUAUUGCAUUCCACAAAAAUUCCAACCUACGAGAUGUUAGUGGAAAUAUAUGGACAUUGUAAAAGCCAAUGUUCGGCUUUAUAUAGUUAUAUAUUCAGAUGAUUCACUGCAGUAAAGGCCAACCUUUUCACAUAUACUGUAUGUGUACAUGAAAUCCAAAAUAAGGCCAUUAACUACUAUGGUUCUGUAGGACAAAAUUAUGCUGCUGGAAAUUAUACAAGCACAUGAUUUCUUACGUUUUAUACUUGUUCAGAAAACCUCUGUUGAGUUGAUUGCAAGCUGGUAAGAGUCAAUACAAACCAGUUAGUAUCCUGUUAAUUUCACGCCUGGCAAAAUCUGGAGGGUACUUCAUUUAUUUUACAUAUCAUACCACAAAAGUAGACCCAAAUAAUACUCUACGCCUUUAGAAAAAAAGUCCUGUUUUUAAAAAAGCACCAACUUGUAGCCAUUGUGUCCUUAAUGCUCGUAGUUGUAACUUCUUACUUUGAACAGCCUUGUCAUUGUUAGAGGUGUCCUACACUUCACCUGGGGUCAGAGGAAGAAAAUAUAAGUUUUGAGAGACUCUUUAAAGAUGAAUAUUUUUAAAGCAAUUUAGCGUCUUAACUAUUUUUCGUAAUCUGCAUGAUUUUUUUUACAAAGGCUAAAAAAGUUGUGAUCUUUUUGACACUGGGGGCUGUCUCUAUACUAUAUAGGUUACUGUGCCCUUGCCUUCAAUCAAGAGUUACACUUGAGGUUGCUGUGUAUACAUUACAGUUAACUGACUUAUGUGAGGUGAAUUCUGAAAAACACUGCCAUUUUCGAGAGGCUUCUCAUAUGUAGGGCCUCUCAUCAUGCACACUACCACUUCCUAUAGUGGACGUAGCUUUGGCAAUGUCUUUGGCUGCACCGGUGCCCUCAGUCGCAGUCUUUGCUUUCUGUUGCCUUCUUAACAGUGACAAUAGAGCUAGCCUUGUUAAAACUGCCAAUUUACCUUUCACGUGGCUGCUGUUUGCACUGGAAGUCUUUGAACUAGUUUGUUGACUUUACAAACCAUUACUUAGUGUGGUGGCUUUCUUCCUUCUACCAGCAGGAGACCCUUCCACCUGCUCAAUCAGAUGAAAAUGGGAAAGUAAUGACAAAUCAGUUAGUUUUGUUUUUGUUGUUGGUGUGCUGCUACACUAAAGGAGAAAACCGUAAAAGUUAAUGGUCUAUGUAGGCGAUUAUCACGUCCUUUACUACGGGUCCAAUCUAAAGAAGGAACAAGUUUAGUCCAUGAAAACCAUAAAGUCUCUUAUCUUGGAGGAACCUCUUGAAUAUACUCAAUGCUAUAGCUUCAGGAGGGCGUAUACAUGUUUUCAAUGUUAUUGUGUAGUUGAUAGCACUAUUAUGAAAAGCUACUUGUCAUUCCAUAGGAGUCUCUUGAGGACUGCUUUGUGUAUCACUGUGACUGCCGUGUGUGCUUAUAGAGAUGUAGAUUUAUCAGUAGGUAGCGAUACAGUCUGUUCUGUAGUGAUGUCGUAGCGUUUAAUUCCAUUUUCCCUUCUACAUGCAGAGAGAGAGAGAGAGAGAUUGUGGCAGUGCUUGCCCUUGAACAGGCAUAAAGAAAAUACAUAAAUAUGACAAAAAGGCCGGAUGUUUUUUGGAUCGCUUCACACAGCAUUUUGUUGAGCACUGUGCAAUACUUCUAUGUUCAUCCCAUAGUGUUUGUGGGUGGCAUUACCCCCCCAAAAAGACCCUAACCCUAAACGGAUGAUCCCAGUGAGUGCGUGACACAGCAGACUUAGAUUCAGCCUGUAGGUUGGAGUUUGACAUCGUUUGAACUCUUUGUAGGGUUUCUCCAUUUUUACAGGUUUGUUUCUCUUCUUGCACACAGUUGCAGCAUCAGGAGUUUCAGGGAGUAUUAGUUACACCAAACUAGAUGCUAUGUUUAAAAAGCCCCUCCAAAUGGCGUGUACAUAUUUACAAAGUCUAGUCCAAAUGUAUCUAGAAGAAAGUGUCCUGAACAUGACUACCACAAAGAUUCUAUUGAUCAUCCAUGAACUGUACUUCAUCUCUUGUUUACGUUCAUGGAUUGUAUGAACAUUUAUUUUCUGUGUUCUUUAUAUUGUUGAUUCAAAGUCCCUUUUUAUAUUUGAGAUGAAUGUACAGUAUGAAACUGUUUGUGUGGAUUUCUUUUACCUUGAGAUUAUAUGUACUUUGCACUUUUUGUUCAUAGUUUUCAAAUGUAUUCAUAUUAAAUAUAGAUUUUAUUUAUUUUACAUGUUUACUUGUGUACAUUCAUGACAUUUAGAACAGCUUCAGAUAUAAAUAUAUGUGGUUUACAGAUACAGAUGAAUCCUGUGUUAAUAUAAAUGCACAAUUUUAACUAAUCGGAUGAUACAAUAACUAUUCUGAAUUAAACAGAAAUAAAUGUUUUCAAUAUUCAGGGAAUUGACAAAUGAGUAGCAUUGCAGAACGCAUUCACUUGCGAGGUGUGUGGAAGUCCUCUGAAGCAUAAGCCAUUACCUGCACUGCAUUGCAAUGCUACAGUCAUGACAAUGUCCCUACCAAAGUAUGAAUGCAUAAACUCCAGUCCUGUCUUGUAAAAUAACUUAUAAGCUCUCUGUGCAACAAGGAACUAAUGAUUCUUUCCAGUGAGACCAACAAACGCCACACUGACCUUUUACAAAGCUGUGUAAAGUAUUAGAAUCUGAUGCUGUAGAAAGAUCCUAGUUGCCUUUGUGUAUAUCAACUGCCUGCUUGAGUAUUUUGUGUGUGAAAUUUUCUCUGUACUCUUGUAAAACUGUUUGGGGUGUUUUUCCUGCCAUAUCGCCCGCUGUGACGUGGGCUGCUGACAGUUAUAUUUGCUGUGUAUACCUUCAUUUUGAUGAGGUGUUUUACAGUUUUGUUUCACUUUGUGUAGUGAUUAACUCUGUGGAGUUUUCUGACUGUUGUUAUAUAACUUCAUAUACACAAAUGAUCAAUAAAAUGUUUUAUUUCCUGUU